ACUCCGGAGGUCGCCGCCCGGGCGUGUCUCUGCCGCUACCACAGGGGCUCUUGGCCUUACUGAGCAUUGGCAAGGGCCACUUGGUCAGAGCGAUGAGUGAUGAGGACUCUGAGACCCCUGCCACCGAGUUGCAGGGCGGGGAGGAGAACGAGCUGCCUAUUAUCCAGCUGUGUGCGCUGGUGGAAGAGGUCAGUUAUGGAAACUCUGCUCUCAACACUGAGACAGAGAUGUUUGAGAAAUAUUAUAAUAAACUGGAGCCCACAGGUCAGCGACAUCCACGGUUAUCAGAAAUUAAAGUAAUGGGAGCAGAAUUUGCACAGUUACGAGGCAGGCGCAAAUCCAAAUUCCGCACAGAUAUGGACCGUGGCCUAGGCCUUAGUUGCGACCAAAAAUGUGAGAUUAUACUAAAGGAGCUGGAGGACACGAAGGAUGAAAUGAGGCACAUGAGAGCAAAUGCCGAACGAAAUCUGCAGCAUCAUGAGGCAAUCAUUGAGGAAGCUGAAAUAAGAUGGGUUGAAGUCCAGAAAGCAGUGUAUGAGUUUAAAAAAGAUAUUCUAAAAACCAUACCCAAGAAGAAAGGGAGUAUCUUGGCCACUCAGAAAAUGAUAAAGUACAUUGAGGACAUGAACUGCCGGAGGGAUAGUAUGAAGGAUAAAUUACGUUUGAAAAAUGUAUCUCUCAAAGCGCAGAGGAAAAAGAUGCUUUUACAAUUGAGACAGAAGGAAGAGGUGGGCGAGGCCCUCCGUGAUGUUGAUUUUCAGCAGCUGAAGAUCAAGAACGCUCAGUUUUUAGAGACCGCUGAAGCAAAGAAUCAAGAACUGGUCCAGCUAAAGCUAGAGUGUGGAAACACCCUGCAGAUCCUCAAUACAUACAAAAGCAAGCUACAGCGAGCAGUGGACAUGUCCAUCCAUCUGGACAAGGAGAUCUUGCUGAGGAAGGAGCUACUUGAAAAAAUUGAAAGAGAAACCCUACAAGUAGAGGAGGACCGGGCCAAGGCCGAGGCCGCCAACAAGAGGCUCUGCAGACAGCUGGCCGAGUUCCGAGCACCGCCUGUGAUCCUGUACGUCCGGGAGAAGAUCGUAACUGGGGACCUGGAGAAGACCAUCAAGAUGUGGGAAAGGAAAGUGGAGAUUGCAGAGAUGUCCUUAAAAGGCUACCGCAAGGCUUGGAAUAAAAUGAAAACCACCAAUGAGCAUUUGCAGGCAAUUUGCCCCCCUGGGAAAUAGCCAGAGGGAGGCCACAGCUGCAGACCAGAGUGAUCCAUUAAAGUAAUCAGCUCCUUUCCAGUCAAGGGGUCCUCUCAAUGCUCCCUGUGCUGCUCGGUGUCCCGACUCUCCAGCCAAGCUGACAGGGAGGGCCCUUUGCACGCCACAUUUGCCCGUGGGGAGUGUUUUCACAGGCUGGUCCCUAGAACCAUUAACACAGAAAGAACCACAGGGCACUCUAAUGGUUUGACACUUGUUAGCCCACAUUUAGUUCACAAGCACAAAUGAAAGUGACCUUCCCGCAUGUGGGAGUGGGACAGAGGAGGGAGAGCCAGCCCGGUGUGCGCUUGAGGCCUGUCCGUGGCAGCCCAGGUGUGCAACUAGCAAAAACAGACACCAUUAAACAGCAGAACAGAAUGGUGACUGCCCGGCACUCAGCAUUCUGAGCUUACUCUUCAGUUGGGAGGGUUACCUCUUAGACUAGCUGCCAUGGCAAGAGAAAAGAAGCACAAAGAAAAACAAGAUAAUUUCUUGGGGCUGAUGUAACCUGUUCUGACCUGAAAUAGGCCUUGCACCCUCCUCAGAGUCCCCUCCAUAAUAGUCAUAGUACAUGGGUUGUCCGGCCGCAACAGAAGACUUGCCUAAUUCCUUUAACCCUUUCCCCCAAGUGUUUGGACUCUUUCUAGAGCUUUUCGCUGGCAACGAACGUACAGUGGUCUUUUUUUGUCUGGCCGCAACAGAAGACCUGCUUAAUUCCUUUAACCCUUUCCCCCGAGCGUUUGGACUCUUUCUAGAGCUUUUUGCUGGCAACGAAUGUACGGUGGCCUUUUUUUGUCCUUUUGAGUAUGCUUGGGACCAUCCAGCUUGGCCCAGCCCAGAAUGUUUUCGUUUUGUAAUGGCAAAAUGUGCUUUGUAGCUGGGCGAAGACAGCGAAUUCACCCAGUGGUGAAAGGAAGACAGCGGCCGGCUGGUUUUCUCAGUCUUGAACAUGAUCCAGUCACUGUAGUCUUCCACCUUGAUGUACAUAAAAAAGCCAGGGCAUUUCUCACCACCGUGGGACAAGAGUCCUCGCAGCACCCACAGAUUCAGCUGCUGUAGCUGGCAUAUCAUGGGGUUUCCUGGGUCCCCCUGUGACAAAGGACACAAGUCUUCAGCUCUUAGGAAAACGCAUUUUCUUUUUAAAUACAUGCUUGUACAAUUUA